AUGGAUUUACCGCCAGAAUGCAUUCAUUUAAUUCUAAUCCACCUGAAAGCCGAUAUAAACACUUUACAUUCUUGUCUUCUCGUUGAUCGUCUUUGGUGUAGUGAAACCGUGAGAAUCCUAUGGCAUCAACCAUUCAGACAUCUAUAUACUGUUAAUUAUCAGUAUCAGAUGGAGAAAAGAAAGUUGCGGGCCGGAAAUUUAAUCCUUACAUAUUUAUCAUGUAUACUUUACCAAUAUAAUGAGGAAUUGGUGAAAAACUUCAUCAUUCCAAAACCUGUGAAAAAACCUCUAUUUAACUAUAUUCAAUUCUUGAAGAACUUGGAUUUAAUCGAAUUCUCUGCUGUCAUUAAAGACUGCAUUAAUUCUAAGAAUAUUACUACCAUCAAGAAUUAUAGGCUUGCUAUAUCUUAUAUUCUACUAGAUAAUCCAUUAUCUAAACCCCUCGGAACUUUAGUAAAUGGGAGUAUUCAUAGUAUUCAUAAAGACCUAUUGGAUAUUAUGAGCAAAUUAAUCACGGACCACUCAGCAGGACUUUAUAGAUUAUUGCUAGACGCUGAGGGUAGUGAAGAAAGGGCAUUUUUUAAAGGAAUAAUGUUUAUUUUACUAAAAUAUCAUCAGUGCAUUAUGAAAAUUAUUAACUCAAAAGGUCAUUUGUCUCAGCUUACCGAACUCAUUAUGCCAACAAGAAUCUUCAAUAAAACGGAAAUAUUAUUGGCAUUAAUUCCAGUUUCGAGGAACCUGAAGAAAAUAGUAGUAAGAGCGGGUUAUAGAAUUAGGCGUUAUCCGAACAGAGAGAAUGAAAAAUCUAUGGCUGAACAAGAAGCAAAGGCUCUGGCUGAUUUGAUCACGGCACAAAAAAGUUUGGAGCAUCUUGGGUUGCAUAGUUGUGCCGAAGGGUUAGAUUAUUUGUUGACGUCAAUUGAGAGUCAAGCUGACACUUUAAAGUAUUUAUCAUUUGUAAAAGUUCGUUUUUGUGGCAUAGACGUGUUUAAACACAUGGCUCCUUUGAGAAAUUUAGAGCAGAUUCAAUUUAAUUGUUGUACAUUUAAACCAAAAGAUGCUUCAAAUCCAUAUCAUUUCGAGAAUAAUUUUCCAAAACUAGUGAAACUAGAAAUACAAAGAUCUAUAAAUGCAGAUUAUGCAAUCGAAAUUUUGAGGUCAGCCGCUUGUGGUUCACUCAACGUUGAGAGCGAACCUCGUAACUCGAUAUUUGACUUAGAAUAUUGA